GGGUACGCGCAUUAGCACUGCGCAGAGAAACGUCCAGCUCUUUCCUCUCUCGUCUCUGCAGCGUGCAGCAGCCCAGGUUCACUCAGCUCAGCUGUACCAGAUAAACUGCAAGUAAGGCGUUUCUACUGCACAUUUGAGUUUUCAUCAUUUGCUACAAGUAAAGGGUGUAUCGUGUUUUACAUUUGUUUGAAGUUGGGCUAAGUCUAAUUAACGAAAUACACUUCUUUUAUCACAUCAGGCUUAUGUAACACAAAAACAGUGAUGUGAAACCAGGCAAAAGGUUCUCUUUUUAUGUUUUACGUGCAUUAUGAAAAUGAUCAUCUAGCUUAUUAUAUAACCGUGCCUUGAAUUGUAAGAUGUAUGUUUUGUGGUCAGACCAAACCCUUCAAGUUCAAGUCAAAGUUUCGAUUUGAGGACAGUGAAUAUUCUUGUAAAACCAGUUUACACUGAACAGGUAAGACGUUUAUAUCAGGAUAAAGGUCAAAACAGUGAUUCACAUGCUGAUAACAUGACUUUGCACUUUAUCCUGACUUCUGUUUUUCGGGAUCUUUUCAUUUUAUCUAAGUUUAAAGUUGAAAACAUGGACUUUUAAACCAAAUGAACACUCUAAGGUGUGAACUGUGUGUACCAUAAAACACAGUGGGAUAUGAGAUAUGAUCUUAACAUGUUGGAUGUCUGAUCAUUUAAAUAAUGCUCGUUUGACUGUCAUCUCCAGUGUUGUAGAUGUCAAGAAAAUUGGCACACACAAAAAAAAAAGAGUCACCAUGACUCAGCAAAAUUUUGUGUUUUUUAUUUUUAUUUUUUAUCUUAUCUUUGGACCUGACUGACUGCAUUCUUAACUCCCAUUGUUAAAAAGUACUUUUCAAUAAUAAUUGUUGUACAUCUUUUUUUUUUCAUGUUUCAAAACAUGUAUUAUGAUUUUUGUCUACUGUGUGUGAUUUUGUAUUUUAUUUGAUAUAUCUCUUAUGUUUUGGCAGACAUGUCCUCCAAGGUUGCCGUGGUAACAGGCAGUAACAAGGGCAUUGGUCUUGCCAUAGUCCAAGCACUCUGCAAGCAGUAUCAAGGAGAGAUUUACCUCACUGCCAGAGACAAGUAAGUAUCUCAGCUGGACCAGGCUGAUGUACUGCAUAAAGCCUUCCCAUCUUUCUACACCAAAAUGUCACCAACAAGGAUCUUUUGUGUGUCUGUAUUGAUGUAGUUAUGACUUGAAUGCUGCAUUGCUAAAGUUCAUAAAGACAAAUUUAACUUGUGAUUUGUAAAUUGAAGAAGCACUCAAAGCCAUUGCUUCUGCAUCAAGGUAACUAAUGGGAAUAAAGUCCUAGUAAAAUUAAAAUCACCUUAAAUUCUGUUUGUGCAGUGGUCGUGGUCAGGCAGCUGUGCAGUCUCUGGCCUCUGAGGGGUUAAAGGUCAAUUUCCACCAGCUGGACAUUGACAACUUGGACAGUAUCAAGACUGCAGCAACAUACUUCAAAGAGAAGUAUGGGGGAGUGGACGUCCUUGUUAAUAAUGCUGGGAUAGCAUUUAAAAGUAAGAUGACAAUCAUAUAUGCUCAUUUAAAACAACCUCACUACUGUGUUACAGACAUUGAAAGAACUACUUACACUGCAGCUUAGAGAGCAGCGUCAUUCUUGUAUCAUUAUGGAAAAAUAAAUGACACUGAGGUGUUAUUUGACUUACAAUUUGUAUUUUUAAAUAUAAUUUUAACUUACUUAUAACGUCUUAACAACCUUGCCUUUGUACUCCGUCAUUAUUGCCUCAAACCAGUAAGAGUAUUAAUAUCAAAAUGCACUUUUCACAUUAAAUCAGCGUCCUUAUUGAGAGAAGUUCAGAAUAAACAUAAUGUUCUAAAUUGUACUCAUAUUAUAAAGGUCACUAAGGAAAUUAAAACAAAUAAGACGAGUUAAGAAAGCUGAGUUAGUUCCUCAAGUCCUGAAAGGUUCUUGCUUUUGCAAAACUGUUCACAAAUGAUAAAGUCUAACACAAGCUGUGUCAAUGUCUGUCAGCUUCAACACAAAAAUAAACUGAAGGGUAGAGAUUCAAGUAACUUUAUUUUUCUCAGAGGGGUAAUUCAGGCAACACAGUCAACAGCAGUACUCAGAAAUCGAGGUGACUACUAAUCCGUUGUUUGGGGGCAUGUCAUAAAAAUAACUUUUAAAGCGCCAAAUUCAGACAACUUAAGUACAAGUUUAUGAGGACAGGUCUAAAUCUCAGUUACCUCUAUCAGCAUUCAGCAGCAGAAGGAACAAAAAAGUUUGAAUAAGUGUUACUUUUCAUCAGGGGUGGCUCCUGUUUGCAUUAAAGAGAAGUUAAACUAGGAAAUAUGAGAAAAUGUUCAAAGACUUUUAAUGAAAGAAUGACAGAACUUACAUAAAAUAUUCAAAGUGACAUCAAAAGAGUUUAACUUUCCGGUCAGGUGUUUUCAGUGUUGACUCUGAGCUCCAGCUGGGGGUCAAAGUGAACUUGAAUAUCAAUGAUCUGGAUAUCUUUUCAGCUGACAGGUUGCAUUUACAGCUUUGGUGCAGAUAAUUGUAUGGCAGAAACUCGACUUUUUACAUGUAUUAAAACACAACCAUAAAUUUAUUGUGUCAAUUUGCACUCCUUUAUGACUACUCCACUCACUGAGACAAGAAAUGACAGCUAUGAAUUGAAUGCAAUCAAACAUCUCUCUCUUGUGCUCUCUCUUCAGUGGCAGACCCAGCUCCAUUCAGUGUCCAGGCUGAGGUGACACUCAAAACAAACUACUUUGCCACCAAAGAUAUGCUGACUCACUUCCUGCCAAUCAUCAAAGCUGGAGGUAUGGACUCAGACCAGACAGGGUUUUUUUUAUACACAGAUCAGCGCACAACCUAAUUUACAGCUUUAAAAAUUGGCAGACUACACCAGUGGCUGUUCUACUCACCAUUCCAAUUUUAGAGUUUUUUGGGCUGAAUUCAGAAUAACUAAACUAAAAAAAAAUGUUUUUGAUAACUUGUUGGCAUUUCAUAGCUCUUGAGGUUUUGUCUGAACCAAAGCUGGUACAUAAUGAAAUUAUACCUAAUUAGAAGAGGAGAUAAAAUGAGCCCGUUCCUGUCAUGUUUUUAACAAUAUGUGGGCUUAGACAAACACAACACACAAUCAAAUCACUUGUGAUUUCUGCAGCAUUUCUAAAUCAGGGCAGAUCGGUUUGGCAUGCUGUUAGAGAAACACAUGAAUAGGUCUAGUUGGCAGAUACCAGAUUGAAUCAACUUGUGUGGGUGUGUGUAUUUUAGGCCGUGUGGUGAAUGUCUCUAGCUUCGUCAGCGUGCUCGCUCUGAACAAGUGCAGCCCGGCUCUGCAGCAGCGUUUCCGCAGUGAGGACAUCACUGAGGAGGAGCUGUCGGCGCUGAUGCAGAGAUUUGUUGAGGAGGCAAAGGCAGGCGAACACAAGAAGGGCGGCUGGCCUGACACGGCAUAUGGAAUAUCCAAAACUGGGCUGACGGUAUGACCCAUUACUCUGUUUUAAAAACUUAAGUUAACAAAGGUUGGAAGUUUGAAGGUCUUAAAAUGUAAAAUAGUUCAGUGAAUCUGGGGAAAUUAUUGUCUUCAGUCUUAAAAUUUGGGCACUAAAAGUUUUAGAGACUGAUAAAAAACACUUACUAUAUGUAUGCUCGAUUUUUUUCUCUCUCCAGACUCUGUCAAUGAUCCUGGCUCGUCGCCUGUCCAAGGAAAGGCCAAAUGAUGGGGUAAUCACAGUUAUAUCAAAAUAAAAGUCUUAGUAAUUUAGUUUUAGUGAAAGCGUUUGUUGCAAAGCAUAUUUCUGAUGAAUUUAUGUUUUUUUUCCUCACCUAGAUUUUACUGAACGCCUGCUGUCCAGGCUGGGUGCGCACUGACAUGGCGGGCCCAAAAGCCACCAAAUCACCAGAGGAGGGUGCUGUUACUCCGGUGUACCUGGCACUGCUGCCUCCUGGAGCCACAGAACCUCAUGGAAAGUUUGUGUCAGACAAAACAGUUCAGACGUGGUGAAAAAGGCAAAAGGUUUUUUUAGCAUUAAUGUCUCCAUUCAAACACUAAAGUGACCAAAAUGUACAAACAUGAUAUUCUGUUAAAAACACAGAAUCACAAAAUCUGAAAAACUUAAAAUACUACGACCCAUUAUCAAGCAAUGUACUACCUUUUUAAUACAGAAGUUACUGGCUUACACUUAUUUGUACUAUCACACCCAAAUCAAUCAGUGAAUGACUUACAAACUGUAAUAACUUAGAAUUCCAGGCAUCAUCUUUGAAAAAAGCAUUUGUUGCUGCUUUCGUAUCCCUUCUCUUUACUCUGUUUUGACUUUGCCUUCAGGAGUGCCAGUUGUUCUCUCAAAAAAGGAAAAUUUGCCUUAAUUGCUUCAACCUUUAUAUCAUUAUAUCACAUGAAAUAAGACUGCCUUUCUGUUAGGAAUAGAAAUAGAACACUUUUGUACUGUUUGACUUUGCUUUCCUGUGAAAAACAAUAAAGAAACUUUAAAGUUGAAGUGCCAAAAUUCUUGUUAAGGAAAUAUUUGCAGAGUUCUGUAACAUGAACUGGAUUAAUAAAACCUGUUGAGAUUCAA